AUGCUGGAAGACUCGAACAAGGCGGCUGGCGACACCCUGGAGACGAGUACGCUCGACAAACACGACAUGAGCGAGUCAUCCGGCUCGAACUCCAAGCAGCACGUCAGCCCGUCAUCCCUGAAGCGGUACCUGCGUAAGACGUACGGUCGCCGCCCCAUGGAGCUGGUGAAUCGGUACUUCCGUUCCAUGUUCGACCUGGCUUCAUACGCCAACAACGCGGCCUUCCUGAUGCGAUGUCGCGCUAUGCGGGUCGUGCCGAGAGCCUAUCGGGUCGACUGCCGCGAAAUCAAGAACACCAGGCACGUGGUGCGCAUCUUGGACGAGUGCAGCUACCGCCUGAUGCUGGCGGACCUCGACUACAACCGGCUGCGGAAGGUGCAGGUGACGCGCCUUUUGGAGCGCCUGCACGAGAAGCUCGAGAAGAUCAUGUCUGCCGAAGACCUCAGUAGCGUGGUGGUCCUCUCCAAAGGCAAGUACGAGAGCAUCUUCGAGGCGACCAGGGACAAGCAGCGCAACAUGUUCGCGGAGCUGCUCAAGGAGUACGAGAUUGACCAGAAGAAAGACGACGACAACGAAGAGUAG